CGUGUACUAGUGUCGUUUGGCUUCGACUCACUCAUGAUGGCUAGCAACGUUAACUCUGCUUUGGCUACCGUUAGUACCUGCCAUAACUGCCAGCAGCCUGGGCAUAUCUCUAGGUACUGUCCUCUUUCUGACCGUCGUCUCCAGGCGUCUACGUCUAUUGCUAUUGUUUCUGCCCAAACCCCCUUACUGACUGCACCUGCUGCAAAUGUUGGUACGGCCGUCCAACCCUACUCCGGUCAAUACCCCAGUGGUGGUGGCUGGUUGGGGAAACGUGUUAGCACUCUCGAGGAACAGAUUGCGAAGAUUAGCAUUAGACAUGACGUGGCUGAAGCCAAAGAACGCGCUUUACAGGAGGAGGCUGAGAAAAAGAAGAGAAUUCGAGAAGAGGAAGAACGUCGACAGCGUGAUCAGCAGGAGAGGGAGAAAUAUCAGGCGAAAAUGAACAGGGGGAUGAAAGAGAAGUUAGAUAAGGUAGUCGAGGCAAUCAAGGGAAAAAAAUCGAACGAGAAUGAUAAGGUUGCUAGGUUGAAAGCAGAGGUGGAGAGGCUGAAAAAAAGUCACAAUGGUGCGAGUAAUUCUGCGACAGUGACACAACCUGGGAGAGAGAGUGAAGAACUGGUGAGGUUACGAAGAGAACAAGCCGAAAUGAAGGUUGCUGCGGAGAAGCGAUUUGCGUCAUUGGAAGAUGUGAUUCUGGCACUACAGAAACAGUGCGAGGAAGCAGAAAACAAUGCUGAAGUUUGGCGGAAUGAAGCCCUGCAUCCACGGAACAAGCGUGGAUGUGUGGCGAUUGGGCAAACUCCAAGGACCGAAGCUAGAGUCCGACCUCGUGUUACUCCGACAGUGGCUCCUAACCUUGCUCGACAAGUCGAUCCGCAGUUGAAAGGGAUAGUGGAAAGGCAUGCGGCGGAGGUCGAAUUACUCAAGGACGUGCGUUUGAAGGAAGUCAACGCACAAAAGGAAUCUGAGAAGGAGGUUGAGAGACUGAAAAAUGAAGUGGCAAGAUCGCAAACGAAGAAAAAGAAGACGGGUGGUACUAAUUUGAAGGCACGUCUUAACGAUGUUGUUGGACCUUCUACGAAGAAAAGGAAAGAGAAAGUGGUGGUCAGCCCGGUUAAACUGGCGGUUGACAAGUAUGCCUUUGUCAAGAAUGCGAGGCGUGAACUGAGGGGAUUGAACAAGGAAUCUAUUAUGGCGAUUUGUGAACGUGAAGGGGUGACUUACACUACUCUUGAUCUGACCAAAGAGGAUGUUGUCCUCAAACGAGCCGCUCGUGCCUUUGGAAGUGACGAUGGAAAGACAGUGGUUGACGUAACUGACGAUGGGGUUGUCGAUUCUGGAACGGAUGUCGAGUGUGACUCUGCUACUUCUUAGAGUCACGCCCGAACGCGGCUUUCCUAUGAAAUGUU